CAUUUGCAGUGAGCCACCAAAAGUCCAAACAUAAGAAAGAAAAAGGGAAAUAGUGGGUUUGGAUAUUGUGAGAAUCCUUUCACCUGUUCAAACACAUACUCGGAGCUACUAAUUUUUAAAACCUGAAUCAGUUUGAAAUAGCAUAUGAGAACCGAUUGCUACUCACUUCCAUGCUCACCCGCUCUCUUUGCUAUUUGAAAAUGAAAUGGCACAAAAUAAGAACAUAAAUUCUACUUUUUUAUUUGGAAUAACAUCAGGUCUUUCUCUUUCUUUCCUACUCCUGUUUUUAUGUUUAUGUUUGUGGCGAGCAAAAACUCUUAAUUCUACUUUGAUUCUUCUUCUUCUUGCGAAAUUUGAACUAAUUUGGUCGACAACUUUUGGGCGUGCGUCUCUUCAGUGAGGCCCAAGGCGCGCCUGAGUUGGAGCUUGCGCCCUACAGAACUCCGCCCCCCAUAUCCGCCCAAGGGCGAUUUACCAUCGCCUCGCCUCAAUACGCGCUCCGAAACGCGCCCUGUUAACGCCUUUGAAAACACUGUUCUACAUUGAUACAUUUUCGGCCGACAAUAAAUCAGUACAAUUUGUGGACUGGGCUUACUAGUGGCCCAAAGGCGAAGAAGCAAAAUUUACCCGACACAGAUCAGCAUCAAAUCACAGGAAGACUAAACCUCAAAUAUUCACAGUCCUGAAAUAGCAGAGUUCCUACAAACGUUCACACAUUCUCUCGAGUGAUCAUCAAAUAUGGAUUCAUCAAACCUUACAUCACUUCCAGAAGAAGGCUCAGAAGAAACCCAUAAUCUCCAUUCUGCCUUUUCUUCUAUCCCUGCUCGCCUUCCCAUUCAGACAUCUUCACAGAAAUAUGCACCUUUAGAUUGGUCAGAUUAUUUCGAUCGAGAAGAUGAUAUUCAGAUCCCAGACUCAGAUGAUGUAUUUCAUGUUUAUAUGGCAGGGACUGAAGGGCCUGUUGUUUUUUGCCUGCAUGGUGGUGGUUAUUGCGGGCUCUCAUUUGCAUUGGCAGCAAGCAAACUUAAGGAGAAAGCUAGGAUAGUAGCCAUGGAUCUCAGGGGACAUGGAAAGUCAGCUACACAAAAUGACGUUGAUUUGUCCAUUGAGAGUAAACUCUUUUUUCCCCAUUUCCAUGUUUAUGGUGGUGUUGUUGGUUUGCAGCGCUAUGCGGNUUGA